CUGCCAGGGGGAUUUGAAACUAAAGAAAAGGAAUGAUUCGAGCAUAAAUAGCUGUCACUCUCGUGAUUCUUCUCAGUACAACUCCGCCGGCGACCGGCGUGAGGAGUACCGUUGAAAGGGUCCUUAGCCUGUUGAAUGUGAAGAGUUUCGGAAUUAAAGUUCUCACUUCUCAGAAAUGAGCUGCAAAACGCUUGGUUUUUAUACGUCCUACUUGGGGUCUGGAACGAUGUCGUUUUUGCGGCUGAGGAAGGUACCAGAUUCCUCAAAAUCGCAUAUCCUCGAUCCCAGCUUCGAAAAAGAAGAUGAAAAGAAAAACCAAUACAAGAGCUCCCAAAGACGAAGUUAUAGCUAUAAGAAAGGGUCGUGUUGGGACAAUUGUUGUUGGUUCAUUGGUGUCGUAUGUUCCGUGUGGUGGUUCCUGUUGUUCUUAUACAACGCAAUGCCCGAUUCAAUCCCGCAAUACGUGGCGAUGGUGGUUACGGGGCCAUUGCCGGACCCGCCCGGUGUCAAGUUGAGGAAAGAGGGCUUGAUGGCGAACCACCCUGUGGUGCUCGUGCCUGGGAUUGUAACUGGUGGGCUCAAGCUUUGGGAAGGGCGCCAGUGUGCUGAAGGGUUGAUUGGGAAACGCCUUUGGGGUGGCUCGUUUGGAGAAUUUUAUAGAAGACCAUUAUGCUGGCUAGAGCACAUAUCACUAGAUAACGAAACUGGAUUCGACCCUCCUGGUAUAAGGGUCAGGCCAGUAUCUGGACUUGUGGCAGCUGAUUAUUUUGCAAGAGGUUAUUUUGUUUGGGCUGUCAUAAUAGCUAAUUUGGCUCAUAUUGGCUAUGAGGAAAAAUCAUUGUAUAUGGCUGCUUACGAUUGGAGGUUAUCUUUUCAGAACACUGAGGUCAGGGACCAAUCUUUAACCAGAAUAAAAAGUAACAUUGAACUCUUGGUAGCUACACAUGGUGGGAAAAAGGUAGUAGUUGUUCCGCAUUCAAUGGGAGUCCAGUACUUUCUGCACUUCAUGAAAUGGGUUGAAACACCAGCUCCUAGGGGUGGUGGAGGUGGAUCAGAUUGGUGUGCCAAGCACAUAAAGGCAGUAAUGAACGUCGGUGCGCCUUUUUUAGGUAGUCCAAAAUCGAUAGGACUGCAUUUUUCUAUUGAAGUCAGGGAUAUAGCAAAUCUCAGGGCUCAAGCACCAGUUUUUUUGGACAAAGAUGUAUUUGGUCUUCAAACUUUUAAGCAUUUAAUGCGAAUGUUUCGAACUUGGGAUGCUACCUUUUCAAUGGUGCCCAAAGGUGGAGAAACAAUCUGGGGUGGGUUUGAUUGGUCACCUGAAAUAGAUACCUUUGACGUUAGUGUUAAAAAUGGGAAGAACAAUAGCAGUCAUAAUACAAGUCAAAACACAAAGAACAAUGUGUGUAAUACGAAAGGUGUGAAUUAUGGGAGACUUGUUUCAUUCGGGAAAGAGUGGGCCGAGAUGCAUUCUUCCAAAUUUGAGAGGGCUGAUUUCAAGAAUGUUGCAAAGGAUGAUAAGGUUGCUAACUCAAGCAACUGUGACAUAUGGUUAGAGUAUCAUGAAAUGGGCAAUAAAGCUAUCAAAGCUGUUGCGGAUCACAAAGUUUACACCGCUGGAUCAAUUUUGGAUAUGCUUCAUUAUGUUGCCCCCAAGUUGAUGGCACGGGGAGCUUCUCAUUUUUCGUAUGGGAUAGCCGAUGAAUUGGAUGAUCCAAAGUACGGACAUUACAAAUAUUGGUCCAACCCCUUAGAAACAAAGCUACCAAAUGCUCCAGACAUGGAAAUCUACUCAUUGUAUGGAGUUGGACUUUCCACCGAAAGAGGUUAUAUCUACAAAGUAGUGACUCCCAGUGAUUGCAAUAUUCCGUUUCAGAUCGACACCUCGGUUGAUGGUGAUAGUGAAGAUUCAUGUCUAAAAGGUGGUGUUCUGUCCGGUGAUGGAGACGAAACAGUUCCUGUUAUAAGUGCAGGGUUCAUGUGUGCGAAAGGUUGGCGGGGUAAAACCAGGUUCAAUCCCUCAGGAAUUCGUACGUACAUACGGGAGUACAAACAUGCCCCUCCGGCUAAUCUCCUAGAAGGUCGAGGCACUCAAAGUGGUUCUCAUGUUGAUUUGUUGGGGAACUUCGCUUUGAUCGAGGAUGUUCUCCGAGUUGCAGCAGGGGCUUCUGGUGAAGAAAUCGGUGGAGAUAAUGUUUAUACCAAUAUAUUCAAGUUGUCCGAAAGGAUCAACAUACAGCUCUAGAUUCUGAACUGAAGAGAUAAGCUCUUCAAUUGUGGCUUAUCUGUUUUAUGAUGAGUCAUGCUAGCCUUUUUGCAGUCAUUCGUUCAGUGAUUGCAAUGAUCUUCUUUCACUUCUCCUUGGGGUUUACUUGAUGAGCUAUCCAUGGUCGGUGGUAGUGGUCCACGCAGAGGUAUUCGGGAUGUUGAUUAAGUUGAAGAAAAAAGGUAUUUGCAAACGUUGUAUUAUCCCUUUGUGUUGAAUAACCAAAAGAGCGCCGAAUUAUGGUCCAUGAAAAUGGCAUCCCACGUUAGGAUA